UGGGCCACAAUAAAAGCUGUGCAAAGGCUCUUCUCUAACAUAGCUUUCUGAAAGGCAAAAUGAACAGAGUUCUUGUUGGUGUGUUUGCAGCCAUUGUGCUCUUUGCAUUCGGACAUUCUCUGGAAUGCCACAGAUGUGACCUUGGCUUCUGGAACAUGUGUCUCACCACAAAGAUGACAUGUAAACCAGGAGAGCAGUGCUUCAGUGGAACAGGGAAAGCUGCUCAUGUAAUUGACAUCAAGAAGAAAGGCUGUCUGCGAUCUGAAGAUUGCAACCAAGAAUCCAUUGUGUCUUUCUUCACAAACAAGACCCUUUACUCUUUCAACACAACUUGCUGUGCCACAGAUCUCUGCAAUGCUGCCCCCAGGCUAUCUCUGCCAGCUCCUCUGCUGCUGGCCGUUCUCAUGCUAUCAUUUGUGGGAGUCCACUUCCAAGUUUGACGUUGCCUUUUCCUACCGUAGUGGGACUCUGACCAUUUAACUUGUUCCUGAUGUAUGUUCAAUUACACUUCAUGUUCACUCAAGCCAGUUGGCUGAGACUAUUUGUAUUGGUGUGAUGUACAACCUCAAGCUAAAAAUGCAAUCGAACACUGUCUUGCUAAUGCUUGAUUGCAUUCAAGAUGCUUUUACUAGUCAAAAUUGGGGUAUUGGAUAAUGAAACCAUAUCAAAUUUGGGAGGGGGAAGUGACUAACAAAUGAAUUGCUGAACUGUACUGCUCUUAUCUAUUGUAUUUAAUGUUUUUUCUGAAUAAAUGUUGCCUGUAAUUCAAAA